AUGGCUCGUGACCCAUCUCUCAAAGACGCCGUUAAAUCCAAUCCCACGGCCCUGGGCGACCCGGUCUCCCUCAAGGCCGAACAAUCAGACACCUCGCCCACAGAGCAAAAAGACCAGGGCGGCAGCACCCAGAGCCUCAAGCAGCGUGCGGAGCAGGAUCUGAACGAGGCAAAAAAAGGGAAUCGCUCAAUGUUGGGCGAUCCCGUCAGUCUCAAGGCCGAGACGUCGGAUAGGGAUCCGGUCAGCGAUGAGGACGGGAAUGAGGACGGGACGGGUAGGAUUGGUGCGACGGCAGGGAGGGGGAGGAGGGCGGAUUCGAAAUUAUGA